AUGUCCUGCCCAUUGUCCUGCCUCACCUCCAGGACCAUGAAGGCUCCGCGCGCACAGCUGCUCCUCUUCCUCCUGUCCGUAGCGUCACGCACAGGACUCGGUCGGUACAUAGAGGAGAACGACUCGGCUGCGGACGGACUGUACUCCCUGCUGAGUCUGGAGCAGAAGCGAGAGGCAGAGGACUUUAUCUUCCGAAGACCUCUGCGCUGCCUGGACAUGCUCUCCUCUGAGGGCACCUUCUUGUUCGUGGCGUCCCGCUCACAGUUGGCCUGCGCCACGUUCCUGAUCGCGGAGCCCAGUGAGGUCAUCAGUGUGGAGCUGUCCGAUGUCAACAUCGACUGCAGCAGCGGCGACUUCAUCAAAGUACAAGCACUUUCUGAGGUCAUGAAGCUCCCACGUCCUGCUAAAAUUAAUCUCCGGGAGCCCAAAGUCAUGGAGCUUGAUUGA